AUUUGGAGUUAAACCAGUUUAAUUCCAAGAUCAUCAAGUGUGUUUAUUUUGGUUCUUUUUAAAAAAAUUGUGCAAAGUUAUGGAAAAUCCUUUUAAGAAGUAUUUUGGGUCAAAAGAUUCGGAUGAAAAAGAUAAGAAGCGGGAUAAAAGUAGCAAAUUUAAGAAGUUUGAAUACACUGAAGAUGAAGAUGAUUUCUUUGACCUCGAUGAUUUAUUCAGCGAAUUCAAUGGCAAUGCUUUCAACUUUCAUGGCUUUCCACCAAGUAUUUUAAAGCAAUUUCAAGAGAUUGUUGAAGCUAUGCAACAAUUCGAUGAAGAUCCAGAAAAUAAUCAACGUCGUAAAUCAUUUGAAAACAAGUAUAAUGACUUCAGGCAGAAAACCGACAAAGAUUUAGAUGGACAGAUAUAUGCUGAUCAGCUUGAUACAUUGUUAAGACGAAUUUCACCUGAUCACGCACCGAAAGAGUCUUCUUCUUCACAAACGUUGGGGCCACAAAAGAAAAUAAAAUUAACCGAUGAAGAAAAGAUUAUGGACAUCAUUCAUGGAACAUUCAAAGAAGAAGUUGUGCCAGUAAAGCCACGAAAGCGACAAGUUCAAAAGGUUCCACCUUCACCUCAUCAUUUCGGCGGCAUGCCUCCUUUCGGUGACUUUCCACCAACAUCUAGUCGCACUUGGGGACGAACUGUCAUCUCAAUUCGUAAACCAGACGGUUCAUAUGAAACAAGAAAGACAGAACGAGGCGCCGACGGACAAACAACAACAACAAUUACUCGAACUGAACCUGAUGGAACGUCACUUACUCAAUCUUUUAUUGGCGAUGGUAAAAAAGCUUCCACAAAACCGCCACCACCAGCAGGGGGAAGUCACGAAGAAAGAAACUUAGUGAUGUUCGAUGGUUACAAGAUUCCUUGCUUGUGGUAAAUCAACAGAUUGAAACUUCCCACUGUUUUGUGAUAAGAAAAGUUCUAAAUAGGAAAAAUAAUUAAAAUGCUUGUUAAAACAAAUAAAACUGACAAUUCAAGACGAA